AUGCAGUUAAGACAAUGGCAUUUCGUUGAAACUUCUUCCUCUGGCCAACCGGUAUUGAGAGAGAAUGAGAAGGAUAUUUAUGUGGAGCAUCAAGUCGGAUGUUACCAAGGUAAAUCCAAAAUCUUGGGCAGGCAAAAGGGAAGGAUAUAUCUUACUUCACAAAGAAUAAUCUACAUUGACGAUGAAAAACCCACACUAAACUCGGUCUCAUUGGAAUUAGACGAUGUACUGGAGGUUAACUAUUCUUCCAAGUUUCUAAGGAAAUCUGCUAGGUUGAGCAUCUUUUUGCGAGAUUCUAAGACCGAUGAUCAAGACGUAACGGCUAGCACGAAAACUUCAGAUGGGAAAUCUAAAUGGAUAUGUCCAAUUUGUGCCGAUGAAAAUGAGAAACUGGGUCAUUUGACAAAAGAUAGCAUAAAGUUAUUUCCUUGCGCAAGCUGUGGGGUUGUCCCUGAUUUCGAAAUGAUUACUGAUUCACUGACUUUUCAAAGUGCCACAUCUUCAGGUUCUGAAACGCUUGCAGAAACUGCAUGUCCGGCAUGCACAUUUUUGAAUAGGCCUUCCUUGAGAAACUGUGAAAUAUGCGGUACAAGACUUCCUCUUGAAAUCUUAUCCGAUUCAAGCAUUGAUCAUCGAGUUAAAAUCGAACUUGAGGCUAAAGAUGGACUUACCAAAGGGGAACCGGCUUAUGUACAGCUAAGUUUUCGACUUUCUGAUGGCCUACUCCUCUCGCAGACGAUUUCGGAACUAAUAGAAGAUCGGCGCCGAGUAAAAUCACAGACUGUUUACAAUAAAGGGGUCCAAACAACGUCAAAUAAUGUGUUCUUAGAGGUCAAGUCAGAUUUGGGUCGUGUUGGAAUUGCUAGCCUUGAGAAAUCGCAAGAAGAUCGAUUGAUCAAUAAUGAUAUUAUGCUUGGCAACGCUUUGAGUGAUCUCAAAAGUCUGAUGGCUUUAGCUUCUGAUAUAGAGAAGCUCUACGACAGAACAGGGCGUUCACAAUCACAAAAGAACACUCCGGUGCUGACAAUUGAUAGAGAAAAGUUUCUUACCAAGGAUUUAUUCAUCAACGAGAUAUCAAGAGAGUUGCAUAGUUUUAUCUUGUCCGAAUUUCGAGAACAAAAAGAAGCAGAGGGUGUAUUAUUGAUUUCAUUGGUUGAUACCUACGCGUUGUAUAACAAAGCAAUGCGGAUUGGAUCAGGACUAGUUUCGCCUCAAGAACUAUGGGAGGCGUGUGGAAAACUCGAAGAGUUGGGACUCAGCGACCUGCGUCUUACCACGAUCAACGAACGCAUACUCUGUAUAUCAUCAGGAGACGCAUUUGGGUUUUUGAAGAGAAAAAUCUGGGACAUAACGACCACAUUUCCUGGUGCGGAUCUUUUGGAGUUUAGCCGACAGCUGAAUAAGGAAAACGCGAGCUCUUGGACUCCUGGGAUUAUUAUGGAAGCACUCAACAAUUGCGUGGAUGAAGGCCAAUUACUCAUAGAUGAACAAAUAACAGGAGUUCAUUACUAUGCGAACUUUGAUUGGAGGAUAUAA